GCGGCUGUUUGGGUAUCGUGUUCAAAGUUGCCGGAGGAAGCGAAUCCUGGUUGUCGAGCCGUGCGUUUUCGCUUGACAGUAAACAAUGCUGAUCCAGAGCAGACCACGAUUUCAGAAGACAACAACUUUGUUGCCACCUUGGGAGAUCUGUCUUUAUGUGAUCUUAUCAAUUGCAUCUCACUUGUACUCCUUUUAUGAAGUUCACAAAGUAUCACAAGAAUAUGAAGAAGAGCUUGGAAGAGAAUUUGAAUUUGAAAAGGGAUUCUUCAUAUGGGGAUUUAAAAAGGAUCCAACUGAUUUUGAAUGGAGUUUUUGGAUGGACUGGGGAAAAAGGCAUUUGGCCUGGUAUUUUCUUUGCCAUGUGUUUAUUUCACUUGUUACCAAAACUCUUAUACCAAAGUUUAGGGUUGUUUUUCUGAUGCUGUAUGGUGUUUUCGUCUGCUUCUUUCUUCUGGGUGUUCGAGGUCUGGCUAUGGUUCUCCUGCAUAUGAUGAUCUCCUUUUCUGUUGCCCUUUUGAGGAAACCACUUCUUUGCUGGCUUUGUUCACUGAUGCUCCUUUAUACAUUGCAUUUACCAUUUUUUGAGGAGAUACAGAGAAGCUGGUAUAAGACUGAGAAUGAAUACUACUUACUCCUGUUCAGUCUUGCAAUGUGCUGCUUACGCUAUACCAGCUUUAGCCUUGAGUAUUGCUGGCAACAAACAGGACAAAGAAGUUCUUUACAGUGUUUUUUUGCUUAUCUUUUCUAUUAUCCCUUGUUUCACAAUGGACCAAUCAUCACCUAUAAAGAAUUCAUUUCCCAGAUACAGAAGGAGAAAACAAGCUCAACAAAGAUUACAUUUGGCAUAAUUGUUUGGACCAUUGCACGGAUCUUCACCUGGUGGCUACUUGCAGAAUGCAUGAUUCACUUCCUGUAUAUACAUGCAAUCUUAAGCAAUGAGGCACUCCUGGAAGUUGUUUCAUUCUGGGCAUUAGGUGGUCUUGCUUUAGCUCAGGUCCUCUUUUUCUAUGUGAAAUAUUUGGUACUUUAUGGUAUACCUUCUUUGAUUGUUCGAAUCGAUGGACUCGAGCCCCCUGAACUUCCUCGCUGUGUCAGCACCAUGCAUAGCUUUACUGGAAUGUGGAGGCAUUUUGAUGUGGGAUUACAUCGAUGGCUUCUCAGGUAUAUAUAUGUCCCAAUGGGAGGGUCUCAUCAUGGUUUGCUGGGGAAGAUGUUCUCAAGUGCCUUAGCCUUUGGAUUUGUUUACUACUGGCAUGGCGCUCAUGACUAUUUAUUCAGUUGGGCCCUGUUAAACUGGAUAGGACUUAUGAUAGAAUAUGGAGUAAAGAAAAUUCUGUUCAUUCCAGAUGCUCAGAAUAUGAUUGAAAAUGUCUUAUCCUAUGAAAUGACUCAAAGGGCUUUUGGUAUCCUAUCAGCUAUUUCUACAGCAAUGUUGAUACUGUCCAACUUGGUAUUUCUUGGAGGAAACCAUGUGGGAAAGAUCUACUGGCAGAGGAUAUUUAUUCAAGGUUCGCCAGACAAAGUGAUCUUCAUUCUUGGAUUUCUAUAUUGUUUUGCACAAGUAGGAAUUGAAUGGGAAAGAAGACAUCAAUGAAGUGGACCUCAAUUAAAAAAAGAAACAACUACCAGAGAAAUGGAGCUACAUUAAAAAAAGAAAAA